GGACGCUAGCUUCGUGUUUAGCUAGCAUGCAGCAGGACAAACACGUCUUCUGUCAAACUGUUGACUCGCUGAACUCCUCUGGAAGUUUCCGUGUUCUCGUUGGGGUGACAGGGAGUGUCGCAGCGCUAAAAUUGCCGGUUUUAGUCGACCAGCUUCUUCAACUCCCAGGGGUGGAUGUCAGAGUGGUCACCACAGAGCACGCCAAACACUUCUACAACCAUGCAGAAGUGGCAGCAAAAAUCUACAGCGACCAGGAUGAAUGGGAGCUCUGGAAGCAGCGCUCUGACCCCGUGUUGCACAUCGAGCUGAGGCGCUGGGCAGACCUGUUUGUCAUUGCGCCACUGGAUGCCAACACUCUGGGGAAGAUUUCUAAUGGCAUUUGUGACAAUCUGUUGACAUGUGUCGUAAGAGCCUGGGAUACAAGUCGACCUCUUCUCUUCUGUCCUGCAAUGAAUACAGCCAUGUGGCUGCAUCCCAUAACAGCCCAGCAGAUAUCCAGACUCAAAGAGUUUGGAUAUGUGGAAAUCCCUUGCAUUUCCAAGAAGCUCGUGUGUGGAGAUGAAGGUAAAGGCGCCAUGGCAGAAGUAUCCACUAUUAUCAGCGUCGUUGAGCAGCAUCUCCACGUCCUCACUGAAGAAUCUCAACAGAAAACUGACAUUACCAAAUAAACAUGCUUUUCCUUCAUAUUUAUGUCUGACUAGAACACAAAAGGAACUCAAUUCUGUUUUUUUCUAUUUUUUACCACUCAUCCGUCCUAAAGUUACGCCUUAAUGUCUGUAUUUAGUUUUACAAAUGGUUUUGGAUUUAUGUUUAUAUUUGUAAUCAAACUGUUUGAUAUAGACGAUGUGGUUGCAGACUUUGAGGUGGUGGAUAUUCUUGAUUGAUGUUGUUGUUCAAACACUGAAUUUUAUAAGUAAUGUUGCAAAGACAAAUUAUUAAAGAGAUUUUAUUAAAAAACAUA